CGCUUAAAUACAGCACUGAAGUGAGUGAGUGAGUGAGACUGACCGACUGGGGCUGCAGUGGGGGGAGCAGCUUCCUGGUUUGUUUUAAGUGAUCAUUGCUUUGAGUUUUUUGAAACGUCGACGGAAAAAUGGGGUGCUUUACGUUUGUGAAAGUUAUGAUGAUCCUCUUCAAUCUAAUGAUCUUUCUCGGAGGAGGAGCCCUGUUGGGUGUAGGAAUAUGGGUCACCGUAGAUGGGAGCUCCUUUGUAAAAGUGAUUGGUCAAGUAUCCUCUCAAGCAAUGCAGUUUGUCAAUGUUGGUUAUUUCUGCAUUGCAAUUGGUGCUGUUUUAGUCCUCAUUGGAUUCUUGGGAUGCUGUGGAGCACAGAAAGAAAGCAGAUGUCUUCUUAUAAUGUUCUUUGCCAUUGUCCUGAUCAUCUUCAUUGCUGAGAUUGCUGCUGCAGUUGUGGCUUUGGUGUAUUCCUCUUUUGCAGAAAGUCUUCUUAAGGCAUGGGUUGGUCCUGUCUUGAAGAAUGAUUAUGGGAAAGUGAAGGAUGUGACUGGCAUCUGGAAUAGUACAAUGAGUGAAUUGAAAUGCUGUGGCUUCACCAACUACACAGAUUUCAUUGACUCUUACUACUAUGAAAAUAACAACAACAACUUGCCAUCGUUCUGUUGCACAGGACUCCAAAGCAACUGUAGUAUUGAAGUAGCGUCUACUGACUCUGUCCAGGGAUGUUUUGAACAACUCUUCACGAUUUUGAAAGAAAACGCAAAUAUUGUUGGUGGAAUUGCGGCAGGUAUCUGUGCACUGGAGAUUGCAGCGAUGGCUGUGUCCAUGUACUUGUACUGCAAGAUCGACGACAAGACCAGUGUUUGAGAGACGUACCCAGAAUUAUUUCACUUGCAAGUUUGUCCAACCUCCAGUCGUGUGGACCUUCAUGAGGAAAACUAAGUGCCAUAUUGUGUAUGAUAACUUCUCAAAGUUUGAAGGUACUUGAAGUUUUUUUUAACUUUUUUUCAGGCACUAUUUAUUGUGCAAUAAUGGCAUAUAAAGGUCAGAUUGAAUGAAAAUGUGUUCAGCCUUUGCAUUAAAUUUUUGAACUGGCAAAUGCUGUAUGAGACUUUCAGCCAUUUGCAGCCCUGUGGGUCACUUUACGGACCUAGGUAUCCUUUCAUUCAGUGCAGUGACCUUUCACUUGAACCUGUAGCACUUGACUCUGAUUGACCAUUGAAACUUGUGCCUCUCUAGGACUAUUUUAAAAAUGACAACUGUCAAGCCUGUGUUAACGAAAACAAAUCAUCUCUCCCUCUCUCUCCUAGAAGUACUGUUGCAGUGUGUGACUCUAAUAUACACCAGGCGUAACAGUUUUUAAUUUUAAAAUAUUGUCCGUACCUCCAGGAUAAUAGUAAUAAUAUUGUAUUUGAUAUAGCACCUGAUCAUGUCUUCGAGACGACUCAAAGGGCUUCACAGAAUAUACUGUAAAUUGAGUUGACUGUAUUUUGUGGGUGAAUCACGCCAGCCAAUGGAUGUAAAUCUAAUGUGAAGGUGAUCUAUACAGUGGAUUGCAGGAACAUGUCCUUGCUCACUUCCUGCUAAUUGCCUCACUUGUAGUUCAUGCUUUGAUACUUUCAAACCGCAAACUCAUAAGAGGACACAUAUAAAGAUUUCCAAAAUUAGAAAUGAAAGGCCUCCUCGGGUCUGGGAUUUACUUACCAAUUUUUUUUUCCCAUCUGUUGAUUUUGCGCUUCAAGAUCGUACUGUUCUACAUUGGCCACUCAUUACUAAUCCUAAUGCCAAAGUUAAUAAUGGCCAAUCUUCUAAGCCUUUUUCAUCUUCUUCCCCUGCCUCACUCAAACUAGUUAAAGUGAACCUAAUAAAAAUGUACUCAUUUGACCCAAAUAAUGCUCCCAGCCUUUCUAUUCCUGCCUCAAACCCCACGACCUAAUCCUUUUUAUACCAAUCUUACAACUGCAUUCACUUAAAGCAAAUGGCCCCAGUUUGCCUGGAUUUCCUUUUAAAUUAUUUGCCUAAAAGGGGGAGAUCAGGUAAUCAGUAGUGAACAGGUCAUUUUGUUGUGCACAAUAGCCAUGUUGACUAUUUAUGAUGAGGGUUUCACUGCAUGACCUGACAAUCGAGCAAUUUGUUCAGGAGCACCUCUUGCUCACCACUGUAUAAAGUACCAGCGCUGAUGUUUGAAUUUUUACACAUGUUCAGCGUGUUUUAAAAUAUUGUAUGUACUGAUUUACUCGAUUGUUGGAGAAUAUCAAAUUAUUUCCUAGAACAUGUUUUCUGUAAGUAGCAUUAUUCUUAUAAUAAAGAUUCAAACCAAAA